CAGAAGAGCAGAAUGUAGAGGACAGGCUUAUCUAUGACCUUAUAUUCAGUCACUUCAAAAAACAUAAGGUGGAAAUUUCAUGUGCAAUAAGAAAGACAUUUCCAUUCCUUGAGCACCUCCGUGACCAUGAAUUCAUCACAAAAAAAAUGUUUGCAGAUUUUGAAGAAUCUUGUAGAAACCUGGUCCCUGUAAAACGAGUGGUGUACAGUGUUCUCAGUGAGCUGGAGAAGAACUUUAACCUAAAAGUUCUGAAGAUAUUGUUCAGUAACAUCAACAUGAAGGAAUACCCUGGUUUAAUUCCUAUUCGUGAAAGCUUCAAGAGUGUGCUACCAGAAAAAUGGUAUCUGCAAGAAAUUGGUGAAGAAGGGAGAGAGGAGGGGCCUAGCAGCCAACUAAGCCUUGAACAAGGGGCAGAGAUCUCCAGCCAAGGAUGCCAAAGUAAUUCCUGUUUUGUGCCAUUGACAAACAUAAUAAAGGAAAAGCCAUUUUUUAAUUCAGAAGAGAAGCAGCAAGCCCAAGCAAGAACUAACCAUAACCAGGCAUCUGACACAACAGAGAGAAAAACUGCCAUUCCUAGACCUUUGAGGAGAAGAAGAAGAAGAAGAGGCAGAAAAAGAGCUCCAAGAAUUCCCAAAGAUGAAAGUAUGAAUUUUCAACUUCCUGAACUUCCUGUGACCUGUGGUGAGAUAAAGGGGACUCUAUAUAUGGAGAAAUUUAAAAAAGGAACCUCAGAGAAGUGUAUAAAGAGUGAGACUGGAAGGUGGCUCACUCUCAGGCGAUUUCAAGACAGAGGAGGCUACAAAAAAUCCAGCAACUGGAAGCUAAGUAUACGCUGUGCUGGAUAUACUCUGAAAGAGCUGAUGGAGAAAGGACAUCUACCAAAACCACCAACAAGGAGAAAAUAGUGAUUAUCAAGUGACUUUUUGCUGAUGCCUCAUCGGUCAUAUUGUUGGUUUUCCAUCGCUGUAGCCUUGCUGUCUUUAAAUUGACCAAUCAUGAUAAAAUUUCGUUGCAUAAUAUGGUGCUUUCGCAGUUGCUGCUUUCAAACAUUAUAUAAUGUAUAAAGCUGGGACUUUGAGCAACAAAAUA